AUGUGUGUCACUAAGGAUGCUGUUGUUAUUAUUUUGGAUGUGGGCCCUUCGAUGUGUCAGGCCCCCCCUGGCCAUUCCACCUCACUUGAGAUAUCAGUCAAGGCUGUCAACAUGAUUAUACAAAGAAAGGUACGUAUUAAUUUAUGCUCUACGUGUCGUCCAUUGGUUGUUGUCAGUAUUCUUUGUGGACACUGAUGGUCUUUGCACCAACUUAAAGCAGCCCUUUUCUCUAAAGCACUCCAAAUUACAACUGUUUUGGUGGCCAUGGCGAGUGAAAAAUAUAUUUGACAAUCAAGAUUUCAACUUAAAAUAGAUAACCAACUGACAAAAAAAAAAUUGAAAAGUCUAUCGAUGUUUGGUUGAACUAUUAAACAUACAAACCUUGGUAAUGCAACAUGAAGUUUCCUCCCAAUGGUAUGAUGAUUUUUUUAUUACUAUGGCGACCAUUUUACAGCUGAAGCUUGUCAAAAGGCGACUUUUUGAAAAAGGGAACUUGGAGCCCUUUCUUACGAAAGGUACCUGAGGUACAUGUAUUUACUCAGUUGGCAUGUUUAAGAACUGAGGCAAAUGAUCCAUACUAUGCACAAUAUUUCAAGUGAUUUUCCACUGAAAGCAAAGUACUUACAGUUAUUUUUCAUUUCAGAUGUUUGCAAAUACAAAAGAUGAAUUUGCUUUAGUUCUGUUUGGUACUGAAGGUAUGUGCAUGUUGCAGUUCAAUUUCUUGAUUUCUUAAAGUUUGCUUUCUGGAACUUUCAAGUGAUUGAUCUGCCAUAUUUUCAUUUACAUGUAUGAGUUUAUGAGACAGAAGGCUCUGUAUGUGAGGAUUGUUAUUGUAAUUAUCAUUGUCAUCAUCAUUAUUAUUAUUAUUGUUUUUGUUAUUAUUUGUAAAAAAACACAGCCUGUAUAAGCAGGCCAUUACUUUUGGUGGUUACGAUAAUCCAUAAUGACAAUGAUUUGAGAUUGAUAAAUGUUAUUUGUUCACAGGAACAUCAAACCAAUUGAAUGAAAAUGAUGGGGAAUAUGAGAAUAUCACUGUGGCUCGCAGACUUGGUUUGCCUGAUUUAGAACUGCUUCGUUUUAUCCAUGACCAGAUAGCCCCUGGUAAGUGACAUUUUUGUGAGUUUUAGUUUGAUUUGAUUUCUUUUUAUUUGGAACCAACACAGUGACCAGCUCCCAGUUGGCUUGUUAGCUCAGUUGGUAGAGCACUGCACUGGUAUCUUAGAGGUCAUAGGUUCAAAUCCCAUACAGGCCUGAAUUUUUUUUUUUCAGGCCUUCUUUUCACUAUUGCUUAAGUUGUGUUCAUUACUGCGAAGAUCGCUUUCAUAUUCAAGUUUGAUUUCUCCUUGGGGCAUAAGUAGAACUGCCUUUUUAAGUGAGUUUUGUCUGUAUAUUAUAUAAGAUGUUUCAAUUUACACUUACAGUAAGUGUGUUUCUACUGCAGGUAAUGUUGAAACAGACUGUAUCCUUGCAAACUGACAAAAUAUUGUCACUAUUUCUGCAUUUUUAAUGUUUUACAUGACAUGUAGAUCUACUGUAUAGUUGAUUUAAUCCUUUAACCCCCGUAAGACCAAGACAGAAAUUUUCCUCACAAUAUCAAUACAAUAUCAACCAGAUAAUUGAUUUAAAGAAAAUUAGUUGAUCCAAUAUUAAAUUCUCUGAACAAACACUAUAAGAAUUGUAUGGUUGACAGUAAGGAGAAUUACAAAUUUGAUCUGGGAGUUAAAGGGUUAACCUUGAAGCUGGUCAUACUGAAACUUUCCUGUGACAGCUGAUCUCUGCAAAUUAUUUUCGUUUUUGUGAUCAUCAAACAAAUCCACACCACUUUAAUUGUUUGUGUGAUUUGUUGCAAGGCAGGAAUCAGAAACAAACUUUUUACAUAAUUUGGGCGUGUCAUUGUGAAAAGAAUGUAGGUGACACAGGCAGGUGUUGUUCUUGUGCAAUUGUUUUGUUCUGACCACAUUUGAAUGUCAUCUGUGAUAUAUUAGUUAAACAGGCAAUUGUAGCAUGAAAUCAAUUUUUUUAAACUGAUAAAUUAUGGUAUUAGAAGUUAUUUUUAUAAUACAGUAAUUGUAUCACUCAGUCAGAAUGUAGAAUGUGUAUUAUGAUUGGUCAAUUUACAUGUAGCAGGCAGUAUUUCACUGUGCAACCUGUUUACUUCAAAUUGUUGUUUGAAUCGAAACUUUCCUCCUCUAUCUGAACCUAGAGAUGUAAUAGAUUUAAUAAUUUACUAACCUCAUUUUCACAGUCCACUGUAAGUUACAGAACCUUGUUUUUCCCACUUGGAUUUAUUGCUGCACACUUGGUGCUUGCAGCAAGGAUCUCAAACUUGGUCAGUAAUAGGUAUAUAAUAUUUAGUAUAGAUUUCAUACGGAACUUUUCCAAUGUUAAAUGUUUGACCUUAACUUUUGUAUAGUCAUUGAUGCCAUCGUGGUUGGUGUGGAUUUGUUGCGAGAACAGACAGUGUAAGAAUUAGAAAGAAUCAAAAAUGUUAUUUCUGCUUUGGCAUCUUAACCCUUUAACUCCCAUGAGUGACCAAUACAGAAUUUCUCCUUACAAUAUCAGUACAAUAUCAAGCAGACAAGUAUUGAGAAUAAACUAAGAAAAAUCUUUAAUUAGGGGAUUACCAGUUGAUCCAAUACUAAAUUCUCCAAACUAACAUCACAAGAACUGUAUGGCAGACGGUAAGGAGAAUUACUAAUGAGAUCUUGGGAGUUAAAGGGUUAAGAAAAGAUAUGAUGAAAAGAAAAGAUACAAAAUGAUCCAAAUUUUCUGAAUUACAUUGUAAAGGAAGAUAAUUUAAUUUUUCCUUUCAGAGGAAAGAAGUGUGAAAAAAAGAUAUAUUUAUUCAGUGACCUUAGUUCACCAUUUGGAAACGAUCAGCUGGAGACCAUCACAGAAGGCCUCAAAAGCUUGCAAGUCCACUUGACAUUAAUGUGAGCAUGAAACUGUUGCUUACAACCUAACAUUGCAUGAUAAAUAUACCAGAUGCUUGUUUUUAAUCACUAAUUUGCAAUGGUGGAAUUAAAGAUGGCAUAGUUGUACAGUAUUGUUCAAAAGUAUGUUGACAAACCCUCAAAACUUGAUAAUUUCUCAAUUCCAGAAAACUUGGAUAUGAAAAUUUGCAUGUGUGCAAUAUGUCUGUUUAAAGAGGAGCCAUGUGUCAAUUAAAGGCUUUGUCAUUUGUCAACUGCAGAUUGAGAUCCUUGAAAAGUUUAUUUGAGCAUCUUGAUCCUUGAUUCUAGAUUCUCGAUAGUUUCUAGCCUCAAUUCUUAAUCCUUGAUUCUUGGUAGUUUUGAGAAUCGAGGAUUGAGUUACAGGUCAAGCCUAUCAACUUUCUUUUAACCAGUAAUGUACAAUCAAGUGAAAAGGAUGUUUAUAAUAAACAUUUUGGUCAUCCCUCAUGGCAAAAGUUUGUCUCCACAAAUGUAAAAUCCCUGUGUCCUCUUUGCUGCAUGAAAAUUGUGUGACCUCUGUUAGUGCAUAACAAAUACAAGCAGACAGGAUGACACUGAGGUAGAAUGGGUUUUAUUGACAGAAGAAAAUAAAGAAACUAUAAUUUGGAUUUGAAUUCUCUUAUUAAUAAAUGAAUUUACUGACAUGCACAUGCUCUUCUCAGAGGACCUGAUCUUUUUGAUGAUGAGGAUGAGAGAACUUGUGCCACAGAUGGAAGUGGACCUUCAACUUCAGUUCCAGAUCACAGAAAAGAAAGAACACCACAGCAGGUUUAAACCAUUUUAAACCUAGCAUCUAAAUAUAAAUUCUCCAAUCUUUGUCUUUCAUCUCUAAUAAUUUAAGCUUUGAGAAUUUGGUGUUAAAUUAAACAAAUCCCACAGUUAAUAUUUUUCUAUCUUACCAUAGAAUAAAGUUCAUCAAUUUUAAAAAAAAAAUGGUAACAUCAUCUUUUUGCUAGAAAAUGUAGCAAUAUUGUAAAGAGAUUUUCUUUUUUGAUCACUUCUUGGAGUGAAUGAAUCAAAAUUUUUCUGAUUGUACAAUGAAAUUGUAGGGUAAUUUUCACUAAUACAGAUUUGAAAUAAAAUUGCUCAUAGAUAAUUUAAAAUCUUUAAUAGAAUGGUGUACAAUUGCUGUUUAUUACUGAUGUACAGGGUAUUAUAUAAAUCAUGGCAAUGUCUAUUUUACAGUUGCGUGCUUAGUUGUUAAUGCUUUGAAAGGGAGUGAGGCUAAGGGUGACCUUAUUAUGAAACAUAAGUUGCUUCUUUCAAAUGUAAAUUAUGUUUUUAAUCAUGCUAACCAGAUCCUGGUCUCUACCAUAACAAGGUUACCUUCAGCCUCACUCCAAAUCAAAAGCUUGGCAACUAAGUACAAGACUGUAAACUUAAAUGACCAAAUAAUUUUUUUAAUAUAUACACUGUGCCUUAUUUUUCUCCAUGCAGGUGGCAGGGGAAAACUGUAUGAGACAAAUGUUGGAGGCUUUGGAUGGCGAGACAUAUUCCUUUAGGUAUUAUUACACCAUAAUUAAAUUAUGAUAUAUCAUUUGUGCUAGAUAAUGAAAACUAAUUUUAUUUUUUUUUUCUUUCAGUCAUGUUCUACCAAUGCUAAGCUUUUUCCAGACAAGAUCAAUCAAACAAACCACUGUGUUUAGAGGACCUCUGGAGAUUGGCUCUCAGCUGAAAAUAAAUGUUUAUGGGUACAAUAGGGUAAAGAGAAGAUAUUUUAUUAAUGUAAUUUUUUUUUAAUGACAAUUUAUCAAAUGAAUGUGACCAUGCAGCAUUGAGCUACAAUUAGCAGGCUCUUCUGGCUAACAGUUAAUGCAAAAAGUACAGCAUUAUGUGGAAUGUUGACAGUACUCUGCAUCACCACUGAAAGUUUGAAUUUUCAAGCAGCUUUGCAUCAUUUGUUUUCCAUCAGUCCUUAAUAAUUUUUAGGGAUUGUUUUCCCCCAUACUGCAGGACAUGUACCUCAUUUCACCCUAUCCUGUUUUUGCUCAUUGCACUUAUCCAAUCAGUGUUGACAGGUGUCUGGAAUUGUUGUUACUCAUGCACUGUAUGUUGGGCAAAUGAGUUUUGUACCUAAUACCCCAGACACCUACCUGCUAUUGAAGCAAAGCAGCUGGUUUAAUCUGCAAUUGAAGAGAUGCAAGUAGAGAAGCCUUAAACUCAUGUCAAAUUUUCUUGCAUUCCCUGUGAAACAUGGUGAGAUUAUUUGACCAAGCAUAAAAAAGUCACGCAGGGCUUUGAUCCGUUCUCUUUAUCCCCAGUCAAUUGACCCAUCAGUAGAUUUCAACAUGAUGAAUUGAAAAUGCUACAACUGUAUUUUUGUCCUAGAAUAACUUUAGCUCUUUGAAUUAUCUGAAGGUAAGGGAGGAGAAGUUACCACCCUGGAAGAAGUUGUCAGCUGUUUCUCAAAUGUCUCCUAACCCUGACACAAUGGAAGUACAGAUGCAACGGUCAUAUCACUUGAUUGAUGAAGAUGAUACUGAAGUUGACAAAGAAAAUGUAGCCCAAGGUAUAACUCUGACACAAAUGUUUUUUUAAUACCGGCUGCUUAUAAAUCCUUGCAGUGGCACCAGGAGGGGUUGAAGGAGGGAGAAGGGCUUUUUUAUGAGGGGUGCAUGAUUUAGUAUUAGAGGUUUCAGUGAGAGCCUAAAACCGAGAUGAAAUUCACCAUCUCUGUCAAGCAGAAUCUCUGCUUACUUUCUCUAGGCUCAACAACAUGAGAACAAAAAUCAAACCAUUAGUAGCCCAUUUCUUUGAAGUUUUUGCUCAGCCUACUUCAGAAUGUAUGGGAACAUUUGUGAGGGUGAGAUUGUGACUUUUUUUGGUGGGGACAUUUUUUUUUUUUAAUUUUUACUCAAUGCUGAUCCUAAAAUUUUAGUUGUGGUACUUGUUCUCAAAUUGAAAAUACCAAAAUACCAAAUAACUUCCUACACUAGUUCAGCAAAGGAAUCCUCUGCCUAUCAGAAAACAUUCAUUGGUUGCUUCUUUAAGGGGGGCAUCUGCAGUGUUCUAGUGAAAAUCGGAGGGGAGGUAUUCAAAGGAUAGUUUAUUUCAAAGGGGAGGGGGGGGGUUGAAAUUUGAAGAUCAGUAACUACAUGUAUUUAAUUACUUCUUUAAGCAGAGUGUUUUAUUUUUUCUCUUUUUUUUUUACCAGGAGCUUCAUGUCUUAAAAAUGGUAUAAUAAUAAAUAAAAGAGUUUUUUUUGUUUUUAGUCAUGUUGAUUUUUUUACCACGUUUUGACUGCAUUCAUGUAGUCUUCUUCAGGUGAUGAGGUUGAUGAUUUUGAUCAUAAGUGACUAUUAAUAUAAACAAACGAAAAACUUAGCUUUUAUUGUUAUUCACCAUGAUGAAUAACCACAACCUUUUCUAUGAAAUGGUAUAAUUUUGAUCAUAAGUGAUUUACUUGUUAUCAAAUAGGGCACCGGUAUGGAAAGACAUUGGUUCCCUUGACCAAAAUUGACAAAGACAGCAUGAAACUUCCCACAGAAAGAUGUUUAUCCUUACUCUGUUUCACUUCCAAUGAAAAUGUAAGUGCUGAUGACAGAAUUAAGAACCAUGUUAGGAAAAGUCAACUUGAAUGAAAACGAAUCAAAAAAGGAAAUGUACUAAUUUGAUCGUAAAAUAGAAAUUUAAAAAGUAACAACCAUUUUGUCUACCUGUAAUUGCAAUUUCUCUCUUGAUAUGUUUAUCUACAGUAUAUCUUGUAUUUUAACACUGAGAAUAUCAAUCUUUCAUGUAAAAUAAUGUCAAAAUGGGGAUAUGCUCUAAGAUACAUGUAUCAACAGAAUGAUUUUUGAGGCUCUGUACUUUCCUUUAUUUCUUCAUUUCUUAUGAAUGUACUCCAUUUCCUGAAAUUAAGUGCCUGGGGGCUUAUUUAAAAUUUUGACUGAAAGGGGUGGGGUCCCUCAUGGGCAGGAGGGUGCUUGAUUAAGGAGGGUGCUGAUUGUUCUCCUGUGCUGAUUCUGCUGUAGUUGAAGCUUAAAAAAGUUAGAAAUAAACUGGCAAUAGAAACAGGUUUUCCAUUUAUCCCUACUAUUAAGAAGGUGAGGGAGAUAGGGGGGUGGUUACUUAAUGGGGGCAGUUGUUUGACAUUGAACUGAGCACUUAUUUGAGAGAAGGUGCUUAUUAGAGCAUGGGAACUUAACCCUUUAAUUCCCAAGAUCUCAUUAGUAAUUCUCCUCACUGUCUGCCAUGCAAUUCUUAUGAUGUCAAUUUGGAGAAUUUGGUAUUGGAUCAAUUCGUAAUCUCCAACAUUGAUAUUUUAUUUUAUUCUCAUUGCUUCAGUGCUUGAUAUUGUAUUGAGAUUGUAAGGAGAAAUUUUCUCUUGGUCACUAAUGGGAGGUAAAGGGUUAAUUGAGGAGAUACCAUAUGACUGAAUGUAUGAGGGUACAGUGUAUGUCAGUAGCAGUAUAUAAUAAUGUAACAUGCAAUUCCACAGGUCCAGAGAUAUCAGUAUGUUGGAGACAAUGUAAUAGCCUUUGUUCCACAGCCAGGUGAUCAGGUAAUUAAACUUUAAGACCUCAUGAAAUAAAAAAAUAAUCCAAAGUGACUGUCUGGUGAACUCAUGAAUUGAUAUACUGUGCAGAUUGUAAUAAGAAUUUACUAUGAUUGUACUAAAAGCUAAUGAUCCUUUGAUUUCCAUCCAUUAUCCCCAUGAAAGUUUGUGCUAACUGAUCUGCCAUAUUUAACGAUCAUUUGGCCAUUUAAAAAGGAAAAAAAAAAUUUUUGGGCACAGAACUCCAAUGAAAUUUGAGAUUUUGGGAGAUGAAGAUUAAUUAUUAAUAUGAGAUUCAUCAAGAUUUUUAUUCUUUGGGAUAUUUACAUGUAUAUGAUGAGACCUUCAGUGUCAUUAACAGCUACUUUCAACAUCCAAUUGUCCAUUUAGUACCCUAAUUAACAUGUAAAUUACCAAUUCAGUAAUGAAAUAUAAUUUUUUGUAUUUAGCAUGCUGCAGUUGCACUCUCAGCGCUGAUAAAUGGCAUGUAUGAGCUGAACACUGUCGCAAUUGUAAGAUAUUGCAGAGCGAAAAAUGCUGCACCCAAGCUGGGCUUCUUGGCUCCACACAUAAAACAGGACUAUGAGGUAGACAUCUUUUUCCUUUUACCUGCUCAGUGGGCCAAGUUGUAUCUAUUGUGGUUGCGGAUCAAUAUCAGUAUCUGGGCAACUGCCCACCUACCCCUCCCCUAACCCAACAAUUGACUGUUGUUGACCGUUGACUGUUGUUGGGUUAGGGGAGGGGUCGGUGGGCAGUUGCCCAGAUACUGAUAUUGAUCCAUGGUUGCUAUGGAAAGUUAAAAAAAAGUGUUAAACAAAUUUAAUUGCACCAGUACCUCACUGGGUGAAGAAAUGUUGCAAUCCUCACUAGUAAUACAUGUAUGGUGGUUACUGCCUGAGAUGUGCAUAAAAACAAUAUUGCAGUGAAGUGCCGUAAACUCUUGUUUGAUACUAGUGUUGUGACAUGAUUUAAGUUGAUUAUUUUCUUUUUUUUAUUUGGAUUUUACUCCAGUGCCUCCUUUUCACAGCUUUGCCAUUUUUAGAAGAUCUACGUCAGUUUGCCUUUGCACCCCUUGAUGCUAACAAGAAAUGGGAACCUUCUGGCAAGUGCUUGCUGUUAUGAAUUUGAUGAAUAUAAAUUAAAUCGGCAACAUUAGGCAUUGUUAAUAAAAUUAAUGAUCAAAAAUGGCUUUAUACAUGUACAUGUACAUCCAUACUUUGAAUGCAAUUAUGUGAUAAAUCUCUAGUUUUGGCAAUCGUGAUUAACCCUAAUACACCUAAAUGUGGGAUUCUGGGAUGAUAUUGUAAGGAGAAAUUAGGUGCUAAUCAAUCUUUAGGGUUAGAUGAUAAAAGGGUUUGUAGCUAAGAAUGAAAACCUAUCACCUGAUGGUCUUGUUUUUAGGUUAGUGAUGAUUGAUACAAGUAAUAACUUGCAGUGGUGAAAUUUAAAAAAAUCCAUGUUUGACUUAACCCUUUAACUCCCAGGAGUGAUUAACAUAUAACUUCUCCUUAUGAUAUCCAUACCCUAUCCAGCAAAUUAAAGAGAUAUUGAGAAUUCUCAAACUUAUCAGGUACAGUUUGUUGUCUUGAUCUAACGCCAAAUUCUUAUAACUAAGUUACAGGGAAAUGUUUUGCAGCUGAAGGGGAGAAUUAACAAUCAGAUCUUGGGAGUUAAAGGGUUAACAUUUUUGUGAUAUUGUUCUCAUAACAUUGUUACCCAUAGGAACAAAUGUUUGAUCAAGCUUUUGUAUUUCAUUUUGCUUUUUUAGGAGAGCAACAAGAUGCUGUGGAUAAUCUCAUCACUGCAAUGGAUUUAACAGAUGCUCAACGGUGAGUUAUCUUCAGUUGGUACAAAAUGAUUUAUCUGACUGCACUGUAUUCCUUAAGUGACCAUUCUUUUCAAAGUUGAUGUGUCGAACCCCACACUGUCUUCAUUUUGUGGCUCUUAACCCUUUACACCCUAACAUCAGUAUGCAUAUUCUCCAUACUGUUCUUUAUACAUUUCCCAAGCUGCUGACCAAGAGAAUUUGUUAUCCAAUCAAAAGGUUCCUUACCUGGUGACCAUUUUCUUUAUUCUCGUUACUUUAAUGUGUGAUUCAGGAGUUAUAGUGUAGGGAGAGAUUAGAUGCUAGUCGCUCGUAGGGUUUAAAGGGGUAACUGACUAUCCAUUAUUGAUUGUGAUGAUAUGUAAGAUUAUUUUGAUGAGAAAUCAAUGAAAAAUAUUGUUAGGAAUGUAGAUGAUAAUAUAUGGUAACUUUUAAACACUGAAAGGAAUUUAACCCUUUAACUCCUAAUAUCAAAUUAGUUAUUCUAUAAACUGCUUGUCAUACAUUUCCUUGUAAGUUAGACAGGAGAAUUUAGCUGAUUUGCUUCUCUGUUCUUACAACAUGUUUGCAAGAGAACCUACCAGUUAAUCACUUCUAGGAGGUAAAGGGUUAACUCUUUCCUUUAUCAAAUGUACUGGUACCUUUCCUAAAACCUGUAAAGAUAUACAGUUACACUGACUGAACAAUUAAUUAUUCGAUAGAUAUAUACCAUGCAGUAAUUUCUAGGGCUUCUUAUUUUAAUUAAUAAGUAAUCUCUUUUUCCUUUGGUCAAGUGAUGAGGAUGGGCAGGCCACAGAGGCACUUAAAUGUAACAGAACUUUCAACCCUGCUCGACAAAGAGUUUUCCAGGUAAUCUAGAGGGGUACUUGUAUGAUUUAUGUUUGAUUCAUAUGUUUUUUAUCACAACAAUUAUCCUAUCUAGUGAUGUUACCAUUCUUUUCCUCUUCCUUGUUACAAAACAAUAAACUAAUUUUUUGUGUUCAAACUAUACAUUUCAGUGCAUUCAACAUCGUGCUCUUAACCCAGAUGAUUCAUCAUUACCAGAUUUAGAUCCUGUGAUUGCAAGGUACUUAAUGGUUUUAUUGUAUCCUUUAAAGUCCUUAACCCUUUUCACUCUAACAUCAGUAUGCAUAUUCUCCAUACUGUUCUCUAUACAUUUCCUAAGGUGCUGACAAGGAGAAUUUGCUUAACAAUCAAGAGUUCCUUUCGUUGGUGAUCAUUUCCUUUACUCUCAGGGCUUAAAUGCUUGAUUUAGCUGUGAUAUUGUAGGGGGAGAUCAGAUGCCUACAGUCACUGUGGGUGGGUGUAUGUACAAACUGAAUAACUUAUAAGUUUUCAGAAAGAUGGUUGGACUUACAUUCUGUUUAACCAGGGGGCUUUCUAAAGAGGAGGGGCAUACAGUGUCUCCUGAGUUUUGCAUUCUGAGAGGAACAGGAAGGAAUUCUUCUUUUGAUCUGUGAAAUUAAUCUAUUCCUGUGCAGUUAUUUGGAGCCCAGCACAGAGUUCAAAGCAAGAUGUGCUCCUGAGUGUAUGAAAAUUAAGGUGAGAAACUCCUUUAGUAGAACUUGGCAGUGAUAUAAAAAUUUUAGUGGAGUUUGCAGAGCAUAGCCCCAUAAUUACACAAAAUAGUAGUAACCCAUCAAGCCAAAAAAAUUUGGAUGUAUGACCAUUCCACCAUACAAGGUGCUAGUUUUAACAUGCAUGGUCAACUGUACUGCGGGCAAGCCAACCCCACAGCUUUGUUCAGUAGUCUGGUGGUCAGUGCACUGGGCUCCGAGUCAGACGACCUGGUUUCUAGUCCUGGCCAGGGCAAGGCAUUGUGUUCUUGAGACGUGUGGGAAAAAAAAAAUGCGAGCUCUGCUUUCAGGCUUGGCUAAAUCUGUAUAUUUAUGUCACUUGCAUACAUUUUGUAAACCAUAUGUAUGUAGAUAUAUCUUGCAACUUUAUUUCCGUAGUACUUUGUUCAGUAGUCCGGUGGUCAGUGCACUGGGCUCCGAGUCAGACAACCCAAGUUCUAGUCCUGGUCGGGGCAAGGUGUUGUGCCCUUGAGACGUGCAGGAAAAAAAAAAUGCAAGCUGCGCUUUUAGGCUUGGCUAAAUCUAUAUACUAUGUCACUUGCAUACAUUUUGUAAACCAUAUGUAUGUAGAUGUAUCUUGCAACUUUAUUUCGGUAGUAUUUGGUGCUGAACAAUCUAAGUACUAUCAGUAAUUGUGGAGUUCAAAGGGAAAGGAAAUCUCUUUUAUGAGUCAGUUUCUUAUUUUUUUGAGGGGGAAGGGGUGGGUGGUGUGCAAGGCUUGAACAAAAGGUACUUAUUUUUUGUCAGUUUAAAUGUAAGUUUUAUUUAUGUUGUUGUUUUUUUUUGCUCUAAAGGACAUGUUCCGCCUUGAAAAAAUUGAAAAAAAGAAAGAGUACACAGCUGAACACAUAUUCAAACCAAUGUAUGUAUUAGAAAUCUUGUCAUCAAUGACUGAUACGUUUGUAAUGUUUCAGUGAACUUUUACUUAAUUCUUGUUUUGUAUGAUUAUGUGCACAUCAAUGUGUUGUUAGUUUGAUCUAGUUUUAUUAAUUAUUAUGUCAGAGCUCAUUUCAGCUGAGUACCCUUAACCUUUUCACUGCCAGGAUGUUAUUAAUGCAGUAAUUCUCCAUACUGUCAGCCAUAUACUUCUUUUGGUAAUAGUUUGGAGAAUUGGGUAUUGGAUCAUUUAAAAAUCUCCCAGUUGAUGUUUUUCUUCACUCUCAUUACUUGUCUGCUUGGUAUUGUAUUGAUAUUGUAAGAAUAAGAUAUGUCUUGGUCACUCAUGGGAGAUUAAGGGUUAACUAGGACCAAAGUAAUCAGAAUGGCUGAGAAGAACAAAGAGAAAAAAAUCACAAGGUGUCAGUAGGAUUCAAAAAUAUAAAUAUGCUUAAGAUUUGGAAAAAAAGAAACUGACAAAGUUGGGCUGGUUAAAGGUAUACAUUUGAUUGGUUGUUAAGGCAUUGUUUUUUGACAUUCAGUUGACAGUUAAUUGCACUAUGCAUUAUUUGACCUCAGUGUAGACAAACCAAAUGGAGAACCAUCAACCAGCAGAACAAAUGCUUUUGAUGAAACUGACUUCAGUAUGGCAAGUUUGGCAAGAGGAGCGAUCACUAAGGUAUGAUAAUGCAAUUUGGUAUAUUCUUGUUUUGAUGCUGUGUGUUUAGUUUGAAUGCAUGACAACUGUACUGGCAGAUGAGACUGGCACUCAUUAGUGAGCAGACAGAGAGUUCUCUACCGCGGUCAACUCUGACUUCAACUUCCACAAGCGAACUGUCCUGUUGCACAUUUCACAAUUCCAAGAAUUAAGAUACAUAAAUACUUAAAUAAUAUGUAAGCUGUGCAACUUUGUAUCUGAUAAGUAUUGCUUGUUCAGGUUGGAACAGUUGAUCCAGUUGGAGACUUCCGUACUCUCAUCACCAGACGGGAUGAAGACAGGUUUGACGAAGGUAGAGACUGCAUUUUUUCAGUACCUAUGAACUUUCAACAUCUAAGAUCAGACUAGAAAAUCUCCUCUUGCUUGUUCACACUCUUUCAAUGAACUGGACAAUGAUUAUUGUUAUAUAAUCACAUUAAUUAUCACUUUUCUCAACAUUGUUGAAAAUACAAACAAGAAUGUUGUUCACAGUUUAUUCAGUUAUUUAAACUUAACUCUUAACUCCUAUUAUCUAAUGAUUAAUUCUCCCCUCCAGCUGUAACACAUUUCCUUUUAAAUUAGUAAUGAGAAUUUGUUGUUAGAUCAGGAUAACAAUUUCUACCAGUGACAACUUUGAGUAUUUUCAUUACCUGUUUGCUGGAUACUGUUCAGAUAUUUUUGGGAGAAGUUACACGUUUAUAACUUCUGAUUAACAUGAAAAUAGAAAUGAAAGCUUUGCCUUGUUAAUAUUACCAUUAUAAUCACUUGGUAAAUGAUUGUUGAUGUUCAAGACAGAAAUAUAUUUAUUAGGAUUUAACAUUGUACGUUUUCCAACAAUGCAGCUGCCAAACAAAUGAGAGAGUGUAUUGUGCAGCUGGUGUUAGACGCAUUUGGAGAUCAGUUUUAUUCAAAGGCCCUUCAGUGUGUAAAUGUGCUGAGAGAGGAGGCUAUCAAGGUAAAAAAAGCAAUGAAGGAAUUCAAUAUUUUACAUUUUACAAAAAAAAAAAUCACCAGUUUUGCAUGUGCAGUGCACAGUGGAAAUGUUUUCAAAUAAGCUAAAUUGGAUUGGAGCACAGUCACUGUGUUAUUUCCACACAUUUUCAAGGGGAUUCCCUGAUUAGCCUCACAGUGAUGGGCUUCCACCCCAAUAUAUUGUAUCAAUAUUAGCGUAACCUUAAGGUACUCCUUCUCUCUGCCCAAUAAUAAUGUGCCACUGUAAGUGCAAUCUUUUGGGGCCCCUACAAAUUUUGUUCCUACCAGUCAGCUGUCUAUACUGAUGAUGUACUACUCUGGUUAGCUCUCAUUUACCUCACCCCUAAGUAUGUUUGGAUUUUUUCAGGCUGGGGAAUCUUUGAUGUUUAACACAUUUCUGCAAGAGUUGAAAGAGAAGAUCGUCAAUAAAUUAGGCCAUAGAUUUUGGCUUCUGAUAGUGAAAAGUAAGAAAGGAGAUGCUUAACUACAUACUAAAUAGAAUAAUUACAUUUAUUGUUCGGUCAAAACAGUUCAUAUAAUUGUUAGUGUUAAAAUGUUCAGAUUUUGAUUCUGUUAGCCUUGUAGCAUAAUCUUAAUAAUUAUAUAUUAUAUUUGACCCUCCAUGGGAAAACGGACACUAACGCUUUUCCGUUAAACGGUCUCGAAAAAUGGUUGUAAAUGGAUAGUAAACGGCUAAUUCGAGCGUUUAAACGGAUGCCAUAACCGCUUAAACGGAUGGCAAAAAAUUUAAAUGGUUGACCAAAGUCCAAAAACGGAUAGAUUAGGCCUUCAAAUGGUUGACCAAAAAUAAAAACGGAUAGUAUGAAACGUUAAACGGUUGACCAAAGUUCAAAAACGGAUGGCUUACACUGUAGAGAGUCUACUUAUGAGUGGAACUUUAAAAUUUUACCGAGGCUCUUAGGUUCUUACAACCCCAACUCCAUCUCUAGCAAAAAACCCAGCUUUUGAGAGAAGCUUUUGCUGUGUUUACCAUUUUGAGAUUUGGGGCUUACUGAUGCCCAUAGUUUACAAUUAUGAUAAUUUCAGUAUUAUCUUUUGUUUUAUAGAGGAAGUAACCUUAAUUAGUCAAACUGAAUCUCCAGAUAGUAAUGUCACAGACAAUCAAGCUAAAGAGGUAAGCUAUAGUAGAGUGUACAGUGUAGUCAUGUACAUUUAAAUUAAUCUAUUUAAUAGGGAGAGUUAAAAAAUGCGACAAGACAUUAACCUUUUAACUCCCAGAAGUGAUUAACAUAAAACUUCUCCCUACAAUAUCCAUACAUUCUUCAGCAAACAGGUAAUGAGAAUAUUCAAACUUAUCAGAUAGAAGCUGCUAUCUUGAUCUAGCACCUAGUUCUUGUAACUAAUUUACCAGAAAAUGUGUUGUGGCUAGAGAGGAGAAUUAACAAUCAGAUCUUGGGAGUUAAAGGGUUAAGAUUCCUUGCAGGAGAAGGGGGAAGCCAAGCUUUUUCCAUUUUCCCACUGUUUUAUGCUCGCCCACUUUUUUUUGUACCCUCACUAACCAAUGGCCCAGGAUAAGUUAAGAAUGCCUUACUGUUUAACCAGCCUUUGAUCGUCUGCUUUGCUGUGAGCUCCAUUAUCACCAUGCUUAUCAAUUCUCUCUCAGUCUAGGUUAUAAUUGAUAUCUGGCUCAGUGCUUCAGAUAAACAUCAGCAGAUAUUAACUUGAAAAUGUUUUUUGCUAACAGUUUUUAGAAGGUCAUGAUGGUGCUGUUGAAAAGGAAGAACGUCCAGCCAAUGAUUAUACAGACGAUGCUGAGGAUCUUGUAAGUUAAUGACUAUUUCCAUUACCCUCACUAAAAUCUUAUACUGUAUCAAAGGAUUUUACCAUUAUUUAUUAUCAAUAAUGUAACGUUUUCUUUAAAAUUUAUAGUUUACUUCCUAAGAAAUGAAGGUUCAAAUAUUAGUGUUGCAGUUCAAUUUUAAAGCAAAUUGUAAAGAAAUGCCCCAGCUGGGAACAUAUUGUUUAUCACUUUCUAGUUGCAGUGUACAUGUAUCUUAACAGGAAAGUGAAGUUAGUGAUGUUAGUGGGAUUUUAUGAAUACUGUCCUCUGCCAAAAAUGGUCUUGUUUAUCUUCAUUUGUCAUUGUGUUCCUUUAGCUUGAGCUGAUGGAAUGAGAAUGAUUCAGAAGAAGAUUGUGCUGAAUAGCAGUUUCCUAGGAAUGGAUCAAUAAUUUGAAACUCAGGAGUUUGUUAAAACACUGUUCAGGACUUGACUGUUUGGAAAGUGUUUUCAUGAGUAUGGUUGGCUGUAUACCCUCAACCUCAACCUGUUUCUUCGCAAAUAUACCUUAAUGAAGAGAACAGCCAUUGUAUACAAGGAAAGACAAGCUCUUCCUGCCAACAUGAAUACUCUCUGUUAUUGUAUUUUAACCCUUUAACUCCAGAUCAAAUUUGUAAUUCUCCUUACUGUCAACCAUGCAAUUCUUAUAAUGUUAGUUCAGAGAAUUUAGUGUUGGUUCAACAAAUUAACCCCAAAUUGACAUUUUUAUUUAUUCUCAUCACUUAUCUGGUUGAUAUUGUAUUGAUAUUGUAAGGAGAAAUUCUGUCUUAAUCACUCAUGGGAGUUCAAGGGUUAAGAGGCUGGAAACUGACUGUUAAAGGAAAGACAUUUGGGUGAACAUACAUGUAGUUGUUAUUUAAAGUUAGAUUUUUAUAGCUGAAAGCAGAUCAAAAAAAGAUUUACAUGAAAUAUGAAGAAAGAAGUAUAAUUAUUGAAGAACCUUUAGUGUCAGGUGGAUGGAAGUGCACUUAAUUAUCUAUCAGUGUAAAUCUUUUUGUAAAAGGUCCAAUUUAAGUCUCAUGAUGCAUUGUAUUUAGUCUUUGUAUUUGCCUGAGUCUUCUGCCACUUUAAAGUUUAAAAAGAUAGUUGUAGAAUAUUAAUCACAAGUGAAUGGUUUUGUUUCUCAUUAAAACACUUGUGUUAAAGUGAAUUGUGUAAUUCUCAUUCAGGUAAAAUCAUUGAAACUUUAAAACAACAAACACAUUGCAGACUUUCAGCAGUUUUUAUUCUUGCCAGGUCUUAUCCCUGGAUGAGUAAGCAUAAGGAGGUGGAAUUAAGCUUUUACUCAGUGAAAGCAUGGACUGUAUGAAAUAACAAUAGCUUAAGGCUGGGUAGUACCCACUGGGCACAGAAAUCUUAUUGCGCAGUCUGUAUAUAGAAUAUUUUACAUCUGAAGAGACUGACAGUUGAAGCAGAA